GGGAGAGGAGAGGGAUUCUUCAGUAGGUCUGCAGAGGUGGAGGAGAGCUCCGCCUAAGUGUCCACAAUGCCGGUGAUUAACGUGGAAGACCUGACAGAUAAAGAUAAGGCUUUAAUGGAAGUAAACCAGCUUAAAGUGGAGGUAAAACUGGAGAGAUGGUUGACUUCUAAAUGCUGUGAAGAGAUCAAGGACUAUAUUCAGGCUGGAGUGGAGGAGGACACUCUAGUCAAAGGCAUUUCAGAGGAGAAAAACCCCUUUAAGGAGAAAGGUGGCUGUGUCAUUUGCUAGACCGAACCUGCUCAGCCUUCCCAUGUCAAAUUAGUACCCAAGGACGACCUAUCUGCUCUAUAAAAUGGAUUGCAGAGAAGACUAGCUGGGCAGAAUGAACAUGUAAAUGUAAAACCCUUAAAGUUCCCAGGUGAACAAUGUGCAGAUUUGUAGCCUUUUAAACCCCUCUGACAAUUGUUUUAUCACGUCGGUUGCACUUUCAUUGUACACAAAGGGGCUUUGGUUUUCAUUCUCGCGCACAGUAACUGUCAAUAAACUUGCUUGUUAAAGUCA